UACUAUCACGUGCUUUCUCCAGUGUUGGGGGUUUCUCAUUUUUCAAUACAGAGAAACAGCCACACUUCCUGCUCAAACCACAAUAUGCCCCUCCUUCUGAAAUGCUCUUCAAAGCCUGGAUGAUCACAGGAACGGGUGAGAUAUCGGAUAUCUGACAGUCGUCAGUGGUUUUUCCUGAGGAGAAUAGCACCCCAAUGACAGCCGAGAUUGAGGAUUCCCUAGUAUGAGCCGGAGGAGCAGUAGCAGCCCCAGCCUGUGGACCGUACUGCCUCAGAGUGGCCCUGCACCAUGUAACCGCUACAAGCACGCCUGCUGCUCCUACGGGGGCAGUGUCUUUGUGUUGGGAGGGAGGGAGAGCCACUCGCUCAGGGACUUCUGGAGGUAUAAUGUUGUAUGCAAUGAGUGGACAGAGUUGGACUGUAGCUGUGAGGCAGCACCUGAGGCGCUUCAGGAACAUUCCAUGGUGGCCUAUCAGGGUGUUCUGUAUGUCUUCGGUGGAAUGAUUGAUUCUGCGUACACUAUAUGGAAAACCCCCCUCUGGUUGUUUGAUAUUGUGAAAGAGCAGUGGGUGUCCUGGCAGGAAAGGAACCCCCCUCAGAACCAGGUGCCAGUCAACAGGAAGGGCCACAGUGCCGUGGUGUUUAGCUCUGCCAUGUACAUCUACGGAGGAUACAUUGACAUGAGAGCCUCAUCACAGGAGUUCUGGAAGUUAGAAUUUGACACUAUGUUGUGGUCCCUGCUGGACUGUACCCAGACGGAGGUGGGUCCUGGUCCCAGACACAGCCACUCUGCCAUGACCCACCUGGACUGCAUGUACCUGUUCGGGGGUCUGAGAGGCCUGAGGGAGCAGAGGGAUCUGUGGAGAUGGAACUAUACCAGUCAUUCCUGGAGCUGUCUCAAAGCCACGUCAGGCCCCUCUAAGCUGGUGGGCCACUCAGCAUUGGUCUACCGGGACAGCAUGCUUCUGUUUGGAGGAGGAGAGAGCCAGCACACCCCCAGGAGCUGUCUAUGGAGGUACAGCUUCACCACCCAGACCUGGGGUAAGCUAGCCGUGCUACCCGGCUCCAACCCACCUCCCCACAGGAUCUACCACUGCUGUGCCGGCCUGGGCCCCAACUACCAGCCUGCCGUGACCACCACCACCAGCACCACCCUGACCCCCAGCACCACCAUCAGAAAUAGCCUGGACAGCAAGAUACGGCCGUUCAAGAACAAAUGCUUCCCAUCCUCCUCAGAGACAGAGGGCACUAUAGAGCUGGAGACGUUUAGUAGCUCGGAGAAGCUAUUCACUGAAGUGGGGGACUAUUGUAAUGGUCUAAGUAGGAAGGACGCUCAGCGGAUCGAGAACUGUCUGACCUUUGAGAACCAGGAGGCCUUCAGUAAGCAGUGGAGCUGUGAGGAUAUGGAGGAGGAUGGUUCAGGUAAACCAGAGGAGAGCCAUGAGAGCAUAGCACAAAACCUGCCUGAUUUGCUACUGGUGCUGGGGGGAAAGCCCUUAGUUGGACAUACGGUCAUAUCUGUGUGGCAGAUGACACUGGCUGACCUCUGACCUUUGACCUCUGACCCAGAGAGAGAGGGAUGGCAUUUUGUAAACUAUUUAAAAGAAAACUCGAUAUAUUCUAUGGAAAUGUAUCACAAAGCGGGGGGGUGAUGCAGCUGCAUAGCGUUCCCCUGCUAAGGUGUUAUUAGUCCACAUAAUUUUUACUGAGUCCCAAAUAUACUGUACAUAUCUUAAUCUUUGUUAAUUCAGCUGAAUAAUCAUUCAGAUUUAAGAAAACAAUUCAGCAAAUCUAUUUAGCAGAUUAUUUUUUAUUUUAUUUUUAACCUAUUGUGAUGAGUGUGAUGAAAGGAGUUAGGCGCAGGAGGGUAAUCACCGAAU